AUGAACUUGUUAUAUUUUGCAGGUGAAGUUCUGGAUAUUCGGUUUUCGUUGACGAAUAGCUUUAUAGAACUAUCAGUUUUCAAACGUCAACCUUGUACGCCGACAUGUAACAAAUCUCUUAAGACCACAGCGAUAGUUACUGCUAAAAAUGAGGCAGAUAAUCGGGUUGAUAGCACAGUUUGCGUAAGCCAUGAAGGUGACAGUUUUGUAUAGAGUAAACCUGCAGGACGACCAAACGGGACUGUCCGAUGCGAAAUAGAAUAUUAACUGGUUACUGAAAAAUGGUAUCCAGUAAAUAAAAAACGCCAAAACGAUAGCUAUGGCCAUCUUAAGCACUUUUCUGUUUCUUCUUAUCCGUUGUUGGCUGACUGUUCACCUGGAUGGGAUUGCUUUUUAAGUUUGAUCAGGAUGAUGGAGUAAAGUGCAACCAAAAGAACGGCAGGAAACACCAUAGCCUCUGAUAUGAGGAAAAUAGCAUAUGAGCUUUCCGCUCCGAAGGCCUCCUUCAACUGACGCUGGCACAUCAUUCCUUCUGGGUUUUCAACAAGACUUGAAGCAAACAGAUAUGGCCCUUCCAUCGCCAUAGCCAAUCCAAGUGACAGAAAUGGACAACUUACAACGCUUGAGACUGAUGAGGGAGGAACGGAGUGGAACUACAGCAGCUCCGAAUCGAUCCACUGUUAUAAGAAUCAGGCUCUGAAUCGAUACUAA